GCGCUUCCGUCCGCCGCCACUUCCUUUUCCCGCCGCGUCGGUCCGUUUGCUCAAGAAAAAUAUUCCCUGCCCUUGGUCGGCGCUCGGGCCGGCGCAGUGCUCUAUCCUUCAGAAUUUUCCCAAUUGUUUGUCGUUGGCGGCAGAUGCCUGACCGGCGCGGCCUGACUAAGCCUAGAGCUAGACGCCAGGGACGCCAGGGACGCCUCUUUUCAUCGGCCCGCGCCCUGUCUCGUUUGAAGGCCGGCAAGCGGGUGCCGCCUUCGACGUCAGCAGCUUUGGUGGUACCUGGCAGGAUUUUGGGAUGGGGUUUCUGCACGGCACGGCACCGCGGUUGGCGGCGGGUGAUGUGCGUUUGUUCUACUCUAGGGAUGGCAAGUGACCAGCGAACCUGAGCUCCGUGACCGCUUGAAACCUUGGGCUGCGCGAAUCACAGGGUGGGAAGCUGAGGUGGU